CAGACGUUCUAUCAGCCAUGAAGGUCAUACUGUUGCAGGUCUGCAUCCUAGCAUCUCUCCUGCUGGUCUGGACGCCGCACACAGGAGCGUCCCAAAUGCCUAUGAAGCUGUGCGGCCGCGAGUUCCUCCGUGCCGUCGUCUACUCGUGCGGUGGGUCCAGGUGGAGGAGGAGCCUGAACGAGAUCUUCACAAAGGACACAGAUUCAGAGCAGGAGGACGCACUGAGGUUCAGGCGGAGUGAAGACUCAGCGCUGCUGGAUCUCUGCUGCAGAGUGGGCUGCGUGAAGAGCGACCUGACGCUCAUGUGCUGAGGGAGACGCCAACAUCCACAUCGCUUCUGUCCAGCGACGCCUGGGGCUUUAACAAGAGAGAAGAGAAAAACUGCAGCUGAUGAUCGUGCUGCAAUAAAAAACUGGGACUCACACUGCUCAUCUUCACUUCCUCACAUACACACACACACACACACACCUCUUUCACUCUACGCAUACAACAUACAACUGCAUACAACAUUUAACAUAUUUGCAGGGAGAUUGACAGACGUACUGACUGUCAUUAUAGACAGACAUCAACAGAUGAAUUUGAGAUGAAUUUCACACUCCCAAGACUUUCAAUCGUUACCAAUUAGUUCAUAAUCGUGUAAUUAAAUGGUACGUUCAACGAAACGUUCAACGAAAAUUUAACACAUUAAAUUCUGUAUAGUUUAAUCUCUGUA